AUGCAAAAUUACAUUAAUUCCUCCCAUAUAACACAGAAAUAACUCAUCAAAUAUAUUGAAUUCAAAAAUACCCCAUUUACAGAGCUCUAUAUCAAAUUUGCAUAAGUCAAUGAUCUUAAGGAAUUCUAAAAAUUCAUGUAAGUUAGUAAAACGCUCUCACAUCUAUUUGAUUGCUAAUCCUCUGAUCUUUACUACAAAAUUGCUUAAAACGAUCAUACAACUUAAGAACAUAUUACUUCAAAAUAGAAUAAUCCUAAAUUGGAGUACUCAUUUGAUGAGUCUUAACAUUGCAUCAAACUAGAUAAAUAAGAAAGCAUAAAAAUGUUUAUGCAAUAUCUUAAAUUGAAAGAUCAAUUCGUACCCUUUUCAAUUAAGUUUCAAGAGUCUGAAUUCGCAUUGUUUAUAGAUUAACUAGAAAUUUUGAAAAGCAUUUUUAAGAAAGACAUCUAAGUCAAAGUUAUUAAUAAAUCGAGAGAAGGUGAUCACAAAUUACACCAAAUGAGACAAUCAUACAAACAAAGAAAGAAAACAUAAAGAACAUAGAUUGAUAAAAAGAAAAAUAUCGUGAAAUAUCAAGAUUAAUUAGAUACCAAAGAGAAUUCUUUGAGAUUAGAUCAUACUACCUCCUAAGAUUCUACAUUAAUUAAUUUAAUUGAGAAUUCUAAUCUAAAUAGUCUGAUCUCUUAGAACAAUUAAAUCUAUAAAUAAUUUGGGAGUACAUUCAUAGGAGAUUAAGAAUUCAAAUAGUUAUUCAAAAAAUCUUAUUUAUGUUAAUCUGAAUAUGAGAUAGAGAAUAAAAAUGAUAUAAUUAUAUUUGAUUCUACUAUGGGUAUUAAAAUUGAAAUAGGACAACAAACAUCAAACCUUUCCUUGAAAUAAGCUAUAGUAAAUUUAGAAUAUAAAAAAUACUAUUAAGAAAUGGCAAGUGGAAAAAAUGCAAUUAAAAUAUACUAUAUUGAUUUGAUUGGGAAAUCUUAUACAGAAUUUAGUAAAAAUCUGAUUUUCUAUACCAAUUUUGAUGUGGCAUUAAAAGAGUUCAAAGAAAGUUAAGACUCUUAUUUAAUAUAAUUCGAAACAUGUUCUGAGUUUCAAUUUACACAAAUGAGCAGUUCGUAAAUUAAAUUAUAACAGAGCAAUAGAGUGAUACCCAUAAUAAUAAUAACUAAUUAAAAAUGA